AUGUCUUCUCCACCAACCCAACCAUACAAGGUCGCUGAUAUAUCCUUGGCCGCUUUUGGCAGAAAGGAUAUCGAACUAUCCGAGAACGAAAUGCCCGGUCUUAUGUACAUCAGAAAGCGGUACGGAGAUUCCCAGCCUUUGAAAGGUGCUAGAGUCGCUGGUUGUCUUCACAUGACUAUUCAAACUGCUGUUUUGAUUGAAACUUUGGUUGCCUUAGGUGCCGAGGUUGCGUGGAGUUCUUGUAAUAUUUACUCCACUCAGGAUCACGCAGCUGCUGCCAUCGCUGCUUCUGGCGUUCCUGUGUUUGCCUGGAAAGGUGAGACCGAGGAAGAGUACAUCUGGUGUAUCAAGCAGGAGUUGUUUGCAUUCAAGGACAAUAAGCCUUUUAACUUGAUUUUGGAUGAUGGUGGUGACUUGACCAAGUACGUUCACGAUCACCAUCCUGAGUUGUUGAAGCAAUGCUAUGGUUUGUCCGAGGAGACUACCACUGGUGUGCACAACUUGUACCGAAUGGUCAAGAAUAAUACCUUGAAGGUUCCUGCAAUUAAUGUCAACGAUUCUGUCACCAAGUCUAAGUUUGAUAACCUUUAUGGUAUUAGGGAAUCGUUAAUCGAUGGUAUCAAACGUGCCACCGAUGUUAUGAUCUCUGGUAAGACCGCCGUUGUCUGUGGUUUCGGUGAUGUCGGUAAAGGAUGUGCCGCUGCCUUCAGAGGUAUGGGUGCUAAGGUUAUCGUUACUGAAGUUGACCCCAUCAAUGCCCUACAGGCUGCUAUGGAGGGCUACCCGGUCGAGACUAUGGAUGAUGUGGCUUCUAUCGGACAAAUAUUCGUUACCACCACUGGUUGUAGGGAUAUUAUCAUUGGAAGACACUUUGACAAGAUGAGAGAGGAUGCCAUUGUUUGCAAUAUCGGCCAUUUCGAUGUUGAAAUUGAUGUCGCUUGGUUGAAGGCCAACGCUAAGGAUGUUGUCAACAUCAAGCCUCAAGUCGACAGAUACUUACUCUCCAGCGGUAAGCACAUCAUCCUUUUGGCUGACGGCAGAUUAGUUAACUUGGGAUGUGCCACUGGUCAUGCUUCUUUCGUUAUGUCUUGUUCCUUCUCAAACCAGGUUCUUGCUCAAAUUGCCUUGUUCAACACUGACAACAAGGAGUUCAAACUUAAGUUCCCUGAAUUUAAGGAGACCGGUUCGUUUAAGGUUGGUCAAGUUGAUAUUUUGCCAAAGAUCUUGGAUGAGACUGUUGCAAGAUGCCAUCUGGAUCACUUGGACGUCCAUUUGACUACUUUGACCAACGAUCAGUCCGAGUACUUGGGUGUUCCAAAAUCUGGUCCUUACAAGGCCGACUUUUACAGAUACUAA